UUCGGCCUCACCAACGCACCCGCUACCUUCCAGAGGGUGAUGAACGACAUCUUCCGGGACAUCCUGGAGCAGUACGUUCUCGUCUACCUCGACGAUAUCCUGGUCUAUAGUCGUACCCUUGAGGAGCACCUCAGACACCUCCGCGACGUCCUUGACCGCUUGAGCAGACAUGGCUUCUACGCCAAGCUAAGCAAGUGCCGCUUUGCCCAGCACAAAGUGGAUUUCUUAGGACACUACGUGUCUGACCAGGGUCUCCAUAUGGACGAUGCGAAGAUCACUGCUAUUGUGGAGUGGCCCGCUCCCACAUCCGCCAAGCAGCUUCGCAGCUUCCUAGGCCUGACCAGCUAUUAUAGUAACUUCAUCCGGGGAUACGCUAGGUAUUCCUACGUCCUUACCUCCAACCUCCUUCGGAAGAACCCACCCUGGGCUUGGACACGCCUCCACGAGGACGCCUUCCGCGCCCUCAAGAAGGCGGUGACAUGCGCACCGGUUCUUCACCUACCCGAUUUUGACCGCCCUUUUAUCCUUACCACCGAUGCGUCAGACUUCGCUGUAGGAGCAGUGUUUUCUCAGGUCUUCCCCUCAUCUCCUGAUUCCUCUCAUCCUCGUAUCCCUCGCUUCCUACCACCUACCCCUACCACUGCUUCCCGACUGACGCCUACUCGUCCAGCUACUGACGAGCCUUCUAUUGACUAUUCUCCUACCAUCGUCGAGGACGGCACUGUCGAGUCUCGCUCAGGUGAUUGUCUGAUAGCCUUCUACUCCCAUCAGCUCUUGCCCGCCAAGAUAAACUACACUGCUGAUGAACGUGAGGUUCUCGCAGUAGUUUAUGCCGCUCGGCAUUGGCGCCACUACCUGCACGGGGCACCAUUCAUGGUGCGCACGGACAACUCUGUUGUCCAGGCUUUUCUGACAAAGCCGAAGCUCACUCCUCGACAGGCUAGCUGGUGGCGCGACCUAUCCGAGUUUAGUUUCACCACUGAGCACAUCAAGGGUGAGACUAAUCGGGUUGCCGAUGCCCUAUCCCGACGCCCUGACCACGACCAGGAGCACAUCCAACUCUAUUCCAUCUCGGUCAGCACCGUCCACCACUCGGUGAUCGACGAGUUUCGCACUCAGAACCGCCACUGCCCCGACUAUCGCGACAUCCACGCAACCCUUUGGAGUGGCAAGACCGUCCCGAACUACUCUCUCGGGGACAACGGUCUUGUGUACUGGCACGGUUCACAGGGCACCAGAGAGCCCAUUUGUUUUCCCUCCACUGGACAGCUACGUGUUCGAGCAGUAGCAGAGUUCCAUGACCAGGCAGCUGCCGGUCAUAUGGGCUUCCACAAGACGUUGGCGCGUGUGAGCCGCCUGUACGUCACGCCGAAGCGCAAGGACUUUGUGAAGGACUACGUCGCAGAGUGUCCCACCUGUCAGGAGGUGAACAGUGCGAACCACCUUCCUUAUGGUUUGCUCCAGCCUCUUCCUAUCCCUAAGGGUCGUUGGCAGUCCAUCUCGAUGGACUUUAUCGGUCCUCUUCGACCUCCGACCCCCCGCGGUCAUGAUGCUAUCCUGGUCGUUGUCGACCGCUUCACAAAGCGUGCACGCUUUGUUCCGUGCCGCUACGCCAUCAGUGCACGUGAGGUCGCCGACAUCGUAUUUGACCGAGUCGUGCGUGACCACGGCUUACCUCUGAGCAUCAUAUAUGACCGUGACCCGCGCUUUACCAGCCGAUUCUGGCGACGGCUCCACGAGGUGUACGGCACUCAGCUCCGCUUCUCCUCGUCUUACCAUCCUCAGACUGAUGGUCAGACCGAGAUCACGAACAAGACUCUCGGGGAUAUUCUCCGAAAGAUUGUUCGUGACGACCAGUAGUGGGAUCUCCAUCUUGCCCACGCGGAGAUAGCCUACAACCACGCCGUCUCGC